AUGUCUAAAUUGUUUGUUCAGAUCAUCACAUCAUCAUCUUUUCAUCAAAUCAUAUUCCAAAGUUCUUACUUGUGUCUAUCCAUUGGUACUUACUCACUUAAACUUUGUUCCUGCUUUUCUUUCUUCUUGUUAGCUGGUCGAAUUGGCAGUGGUCGCUUUGACCGUGGUGAAAGAGAUGACCGUCAAAGGGGCGAAGCCCCCGGAUCAAAAGAGAAUGCAGAGCAAAAACGAACUAAAGUUGGAGAAAAGAGUGAAAAAGGCAAAAAACUGUUGGGCCGAGGACGAGGUCGGGGUCGAGGCAUUAGUGUAACCCCACGCAACCGUGUUCUUCCUCCUAACCUUGCAAAUGAUUCUCGCAAAGUAGAAUGCACCCGUGACCUCCUUGUGGUGAAAAUUGACAACUCUCCUGGUGCUGGAGAUGAUGUUGAAGUUGAGUACUCUGAUACAGAUGCUAUUGCUGGAAAGGCUGUUGGUAACAGCAGUGCUAGCAUUGCUGUUCCCACUUGCCAAACUCUGUCACAUGCAUCAGCCACCUCCUCUUACAGUAAGUCCUGUCCCACUCAUAGCAGCACUGCUCCAGCAGAGAAGAUGUGGGGUACAAUUCAGGAAAACUCUUGGGACCAGUCCCAAGCAGCUAAACAAAAUGGAGAGCGUCAUCAUGAAGAUGAAGAUGAGGAAGAUGUUAUGCUUGAAGAUGAGUAUAUUGAGGAUGGUGAGUUGUAUGAGGGCAUGUAUGAGGAUGCAGAUAAUGAUCCUCACUAUAGUCUGAUGCAUGGUAUGGGUGAAGGAGAUGAGUGGGAAGAAUGUGCUGAAGAUGAAGAAUAUUAUGUUGAUGGUAAUGAUCUGGUCUACAAUGAUGUUGAAAAAACCCAUGAACCUCUGAGAGUUGAAUGCCAGCUGAACCCUGAAGCCCCAGCUUUUGUCCCUACCUCUCCAGAAUUAAUAAAAACUCCCCCAAGUAAUGCUGAUAAUCUCAAGUGGGUCUCUGAGAUAGCACCAAAUAUCUCAAAGAGCAGUGGAGAUAAUAACAAUAAUAAUGAGGAAAUCCCCAAGGACCCUAUUGAUAACUGCUGUAGCAGCUCCAGUAAACUAUCUUCUACCAUUGUUGAUGGAAAAGAUACGGUCCAAGAUGCAAAUGCAGCCAGUGCUGCUCCAUCUUCCUCCUCUACCUCCUCCUUUGAAUCCAACCCUGGUCAAGGAGGGUCAGAAGUGAAGAGUCCAGUGUCAUUGGCUCUCAAGGCUGAUCCUGAAGACAAAGGCAGCAAAGAAGCAAAAGACAUAAAUCCAAACAGCAAUGAAUCUAUGAAAAUGACAUCCUUUAGUGUUAGUGAUGAGGAUGAUGAGUUUAAAGAUACAAAAGAAAUUUUUGAUGAGGACCAUUUAAAAGAAGAAAACGACAAUGAUAAUAUGGAAAAAUGCUCAAUAACUGAAAACACUAAUAACAAUAGCAAAGAUAACCUAAGUACUAAUUCUAUGUCACAGAAAAAUAGUAUGGUUCUAGAAGAAAAUGUUCAAGUGAAAAACAAUAAUGAUGAGCAAAAUCUAGUUAAGGAAUCAUCAAAUAUAAGCAACACAGAGAAAAUAUCAGCUGAAGAAAGUAAAUCUUAUUCAUCAAAUACUCUUCGCACUGUCACUGUCAAAGAGACUAUCCAAACAGUGAAGGAUGCAGGUGCCUGGAAGCUGAGUGUAAAAGAUGAUGUGGAAUCAGUGUUGCUGUCCAAGAAACAGGGAAGUGACAUCAGUGAGAGCAACAGCCUUGACAGGUCUGUAAGCAGUGAAGGAUCCGGCAAGAGUCUGGCUAAUGAACUUCUUGAAGCAGAGUUUGGAAAAUCUCAAACUUCAUUAAAAAUGGCAGCCUAUACUACAAAAACCUCCUCUUCCUCCUCUACUAAUCAGCCAAUAACUUACCAGGAUUCUGCCCCAGAUGCUAGAGAUGCCCAAACCACCAAUACUGAUUUUCAGGGGUCUGGCAUGGAUGGAGCAAAAACUGAACAGCCAGAAGUUUCAGAUCUUUUUGAGCAGACUCUGUGA